UCCAUUCAUUGACCCUGCCACACGGGCCACACAAACCCUGCUGGGUAUUGCUUCCAGCUGCUAGCUGUAGGGACAGGCAUCUGAGAGGGCUUUGUCUGACCAGGCUGGGCUCAGGCAAAAUGAGAGUUCUGGCAGUGCUGUUGGGGGUGCUGGGCUUCCUGGGGGUGACUCCAGGGGGUUCUCUUGCGCGCCACUGGGACAGCACCUCCUGCCACUUGACCAGGCACAUCCCUGGCAGGUCUCUGGGGUCCCUGAGCUUUCUGGGCAAGGAUGCCCAGAGUCUGGCUCUGUUCCUUGCCCACUGGGAUGCUCAUGGGAAGCUGCAGGUAUGCAGCUGGCAGGAUGAGCCGGAGCUCAUUGAAGUCUUCAGUGCCCUCUGUGCUCAUGAGCCCACUCAGCGCUUCUUUAUCCACACACCAGGACCUGAGCUGCAGAGAACACUGGCAACACUUCGGAGUCAGACCUGCCAAGGGGCCCCCGGGGCCAGGGUGACUCGAGCAGUAGAGCAGAGUGGAGCACCAGGCAGAAGGCACCUUCGAACAAAAAGAGGAUGGACCAUGCCCGGCACACUAUGGUGUGGAGUUGGGGACUCUGCUGGAAACUCCUCAGAGCUGGGGAUCUUCCAGGGCCCCGAUCUCUGCUGCCGGGAACAUGACCACUGCCCACAGAACAUCUCGCCUUUGCAGUACAAUUAUGGUGUUAGAAACUUUCGAUUCCACACCAUCUCCCAUUGCGACUGUGAUGCCAGGUUCCAGCAAUGCCUGAGGAACCAGCAUGACUCCAUCUCGGACAUCGUGGGUGUGGCCUUCUUCAAUGUGCUGGAGAUCCCCUGCUUUGUGCUGAAGGAGCAGGAGGCGUGUGUGGAGUGGUACUGGUGGGGCGGAUGUAAAAUGUAUGGUUCAGCGCCCCUGGCCCACUUCCAGCCCAGGACCUAUUACAAUGCUUCUUGGAACUCUCUGGCCACCUCCCUGCCUCCCAGUCCCCAGAGCCCACCCCCCACCAAACCACAAUGGAAGCAGCACCCACAGAAGAGACGACCACAGCAGAAAGUGUCUAGGCACCCCAGCACAGCCAAUGGUACAGUCUUCCAGGCCCCUGUAGCCUCCUCCAGACCUGAUGUGACCCUUUCGGCCCAGCUGGUGGUCCUUCAAACAGCCCUCCAUGAUCUACGGGGUGGCCCAAAACCUCAGGGUACCCGCUGUGCCUGCUGCAGCUUCCACCUCCUGGACCAAUGUAAACACCAGAUCAGGCCCCAGGAAACCAAGUUCCAGCUGCUGAACAGUGGCCGUGAGCCCCUCUUCCACUGCAACUGCACGCGCCGACUGGCACACUUCCUGAAGCUCCACAGAUCACCUGCAGGUGCCAACAUGCUUUGGGAGCUACUGGGCACCACUUGCUUCAAGCUAGCCCCUCCACUGGACUGUGCUGAGGACAAAGGAUGCUCCAGAGAACCCAGAGCCAUCAAGGUGUCAGCGCGGCACUUGUUGCAGUUUCAGCAGAAACUCCAACUCCAGGAUAAAGGCACUGACAAGGGGCAGGCACGGCCUUUGCAACCCCCAGUCACCCCCAUGUCAUUGUACAACCAAUGUCUGAAGCUAACUCAGGCAGUCUAAAGACCCAAAGGGCAACAGAAGUUAUAGAGUUAGUGACCCUAGUUCCAGCUUUCCUAGGCAUCAGCUUACAUCUUGUCCCUGGGUAUGCUAGACCCUGGGAAUCUUGGUUCCUCUCCAUAGUUUAGUAUGGAAGAAGCUGGUAAGGACAGCCAGGAGACUGCAUUGGGGGGGCGGGCUGCAAGGCCCAAAUGCUGGACCACAUUUCAUGCUGCGCUGGAUGACCUUGAGGUGGUGACAUGACCCCUCUGUGUCUGGAUAUGAUGUUCAAAAGGCUCUCUCUGUUGAGCUUGGGUCUUGUCUGGGAACUUUACAUACAGAUGGAGAUGAGGAGAGGGUAACUUAUUGCAACAGCACCAGCGGGUUCCGGAAAAAGGUACGUGUAUGUCCAUGUCGCAACAUUAAUGAACCUGCUUAGGGGAGCCCCAACAC